ACAGUUUCCACAGCAUUUUGUGUAAUCUAUGAUUCACUCUAUGCUGUAUGGCCAUGGCGAUGGGGCUCAUACAUUUCUGUCUUUUGGCAGUUGCUCUGCAUGGCCAUCUGGCACAUGGUCAGGGGUUUGACAAGGUAGGUCAGCAGCCUCAGUAUCCUUCAUAUCCUCAGAAACCCCAGAGCCCUCAGCAGCCUCAGAUUCCUCAGAAUCCUCAACAGCCUCAGAUUCCUCAGAAUCCUCAGCAGCCGCAGUAUCCUUCAUAUCCUCAGAAACCCCAGAGCCCUCAGCAGCCUCAAAUUCCCCAGAAUCCUCAGAAGCCUCAGAUUCCUCAGAAUCCUCAGCAGCCUCAGUAUCCUUCAUAUCCUCAGAAACCCCAGAGCCCUCAGCAGCCUCAAAUUCCCCAGAAUCCUCAGCAGCCUCAGAUUCCUCAGAAUCCUCAGCAGCCUCAAAUUCCCCAGAAUCCUCAGCAGCCUCAGAUUCCUCAGAAUCCCCAGCAGCCUCAGUAUCCUUCUUAUCCCCAGAAACCCCAGAGCCCUCAGAAGCCUCAGCAGCCUCAGUAUCCUUCGUAUCCCCAGAAACCCCAGAGCCCUCAGAAGCCUCAGCAGCCUCAGUAUCCCCAGAAUCCUCAGCAGCCUCAAAUUCCCCAGAAUCCUCAGCAGCCUCAGAUUCCUCAGAAUCCUCAGCAGCCUCAGUAUCCUUCCUAUCCCCAGAAACCCCAGAGCCCUCAGAAGCCUCAGCAACCUCAGUAUCCUUCGUAUCCCCAGAAACCCCAGAGCCCUCAGAAACCUCAGUAUCCUCAGAAUCCUCAGCAGCCUCAGCAGCCUCAGUAUCCCCAGAAUCCUCAGCAGCCUCAGCAGCCUCAGUAUCCCCAGAAUCCUCAGCAGCCUCAGUAUCCCCAGAAUCCUCCUAAGACUCCUUCAAAACCUCAAGAUCCUCAGGUUCCAACAUCAACAUUUCACACUUGUGAAGUGGAUGAGCACUAUAAGAUACCAUGUGGCUCCUCAAACAUCACUUCCACAGAGUGUGAUGCUAUAAACUGCUGUUUUGAUGGAUACAGUUGCUACUAUGGCAAAUAUGUGACUCUUCAGUGCACCAAGGAUGGUCAGUUUAUCAUAGUGAUUGCCAAAGAUGCUACACUACCCCAUAUUGACUUGGAGACAGUCAGUUUCCUUGGAGCAGGUGCUGAGUGUCAUCCUGCAGGAGCCACCUCAGCUUUUGCUAUUUACCAGUUUCCAGUCACUUCUUGUGGCACAAUCAUGAGGGAUGAGCCUGGUGUUAUUGUCUAUGAGAACCGGAUGUCCUCCUUUUAUGAAGUUGCUAUUGGACCUCGUGGAGCCAUCACCAGGGACAGUCAUUUUGACCUGUCUGUUCAGUGCAGAUAUAUUGGUACUUCAGUUGAGGCCUUAGUCAUUGAGGUUGAUUUGGUUCCUCCACCAUCCCCAGUUGCAGCUCCUGGACUCUUACGUGUGGAGCUUCGACUUGGCAGUGGGCAAUGUUAUACUAAGGGUUGUCAUGAAGAGGAUGUGGCCUAUACCUCCUAUUAUAAUGAUGCUGACUACCCCGUCACUAAGGUUCUCAGGGACAACGUCUAUGUUGAAGUCCGAAUGCUGGAGAGGACUGAUCCCAACCUUGUCUUGACUCUUGGGAGAUGUUGGGCAACAACUAGCUCCUUCAGCAACAGUGUUCCUCAGUGGGAUUUGCUUAUUGAUGGCUGUCCAAACCACGAUGACCGGUACCUAACAACCUUGGUCCCAGUGGAUGCCUCAUCUGGACUCGAGUUCCCAACUCACUACAGGCGUUUUAUUUUCAAGAUGUUCACUUUUGUUGGAUAUGGACCUGUUGGUCCAUCUGAUCCUAGCAAGAAGGCACCCUCGGAUGCACCAAGCAUACCUUUGAAAGAACAUGUGUACAUUCACUGUGAUGUUUCGGUGUGUCAACCGUCUUUUUCAAACAACUGUGAGCCAAGGUGCCCUUACAGAAAAGCAAGAGAUAUCUCUGGAUCCACAAAGAAAGUCUACAGAGAAGAGACUGUGGUUGUUAGCAGUGACGAGAUUGUCUUCACAGCUGCAAGUCAAUAAAAUCACAGAAACAAAGACAUUUCAUCAUCAAUCUGUUGUAGUAAAUGAGCAAAAAAGCAUGUUUCAAAUAAAUCUUUUAUUGGUGAA